AUGGCUGAAGUAGCUGCCAAUGGCGCCGACGUUUCGCGGCUCGAGGUCCUGAUCCGUGACAACGCGCGCAAGACCAAAUCCAUCUACGCCAGCACCACAUCAGACCCGUCCGCCCGCAAGCGCAUAAAGCUCGAUCCCGGCCUGGCAUCUGAGGACCCCGACAUUACGAAAUCAGCCCUCUCCCUCCGCCUUCACGCUGAAUACAGCGAUGUCCAGACCCUCCCCGAAGUCAUCGCCAAGAAACUCCACGCGGCUGGUCCGCGCAAGAAGAAGCCCAAGGCAGGCGAUGAGGUCCCAUCACAGUCUGAGGAGCACGUGCGCAAGUUGAUAGAGGGAAUACCGGCGGCCAAGACGGCCGGCGCAGCGGCCGCCGUGAACUCUACUGCGCUCGUCCUCUCCCGCAACCGGCCCGGUGCCGGCUCGAGCACGGCUGCUGGAGGCAAGACUCAGCAGCGCGACGAAUCCCAGAACCUGAGCCUCUCCCGGCGACCAGACAAUCUGCUUGCGCAGCCGCGGCCAGACUGGCACCCGCCGUGGAAGCUGCAGCGUGUCAUCAGUGGGCAUCUGGGCUGGGUGCGUGCGCUGGCCGUGGAGCCGAACAACAAGUGGUUUGCGUCGGGUGCUGGGGACCGGACCAUCAAGAUCUGGGAUUUGGCGUCGGGGCACUUGCGAUUGACGCUGACGGGGCAUAUCUCGACGGUACGCGGGCUGGCUGUGUCGCCUAGGCAUCCCUACAUGUUCUCGUGUGGUGAGGAUAAGAUGGUGAAGUGCUGGGAUCUGGAGACGAACAAGGUGAUCCGGCACUACCACGGUCACCUCUCGGGCGUCUACACGCUUAAACUGCACCCGACCCUCGACGUCCUCGUCACCGGCGGCCGAGACGGCGCCGCCCGCGUCUGGGACAUGCGCACGCGGAGCAACGUACACGUGCUGUCCGGGCACACGGGCACCGUGUCGGACCUCGUCUGCCAGGAGGCGGACCCGCAGGUCAUCACGGGCAGCCUGGACUCGACGGUGCGCAUGUGGGACCUGGCCGCCGGCAAGACGAUGGGGGUGCUCACCCACCACAAGAAGGGCGUGCGCGCGCUGACGACGCAUCCGACCGAGUUCACGUUCGCCACGGGCAGCACGGGCAGCAUCAAGCAGUGGAAGUGCCCCGAGGGCGCCUUCAUGCAGAACUUUGAGGGCCACAAUGCCAUCAUCAACACCCUGGCGGUCAACGAAAAGAACGUCUUCUUUUCGGGCGGAGAUAACGGGUCGAUGAGCUUCUGGGAUUGGAAGUCCGGGUAUCGGUUCCAGGCUCUGGACACGACGGCACAGCCUGGCUCGCUGGAUGCCGAGUCGGGCAUCAUGAGCGCUGCCUUUGAUUUGUCCGGCUCGAGGUUGAUAUGCGGCGAGGCUGACAAGACGAUCAAAAUCUGGAGGGAGGACCCGAAUGCCACGCCGGAAACCCACCCCCUUGAAUGGAAGCCGACAUUGUCAAGGAGGAAGUUUUAA